CUGGGAGAGCAGUUGCUGCUGCUCUUCACGGGCUGCACUAGCGAUGCCUCUCCAGCACAGCUCUGCCAGGACGUGGCAGCGCACUGUCCUUCUAGUGGGCAUCGUGGUCCUGCUUGUAUCCCUUGUCGUGGCUGUCAUCCUGGCUUCUGUUCUGACACAGGGAAAGCAGGAGAUCGGUCCAAAAAUGCUGAAAUGGAAGGACAGAGGGACCACCAGAAACCUCCAAGAAGUCAUCCUAGGAAGGUGCUACAGCUAUGUCAUGGCAAGGCACCCUGAGCUUGGAGAUAAAGAUUGCCUAAAAAUAUGGGAAUCAUUAAAGCAUGCGUUCAUUUACAAGAACCCCUGUAAUAUUACAACAGAAGAUUAUCAGCCUUUAAUGGAGUUAGCAAGUCAUCCUACACCCUGUAACAAGUCACUGUUUUGGAGCAAGACAAAUGACCUCGUUCAUCGUUAUACAAAGUCCAAUCACAAUUUCCUUACCUUGGAGGAUACCUUGUUGGGUUAUAUGGCUGAUAGGGUUUCAUGGUGUGGAGACCCCUCUUUCCCAGGAAUCAACUAUGAAUCUUGCCCAAAACGGAGUGAAUGUGAGAGCAAUCCUAACUCUGUAUUCUGGAAAAUGGCAUCCAAGAUGUUUGCAGAAGCAGCAUGUGGUGUGGUUCAAGUGAUGCUCAAUGGAUCGAUAGAAGCUGGAGCUUUCAGAAGCAGCAGCAUUUUUGGAAGUAUUGAGAUCUCUAACUUAAAUCCAGAUAAAGUCUCUGCAGUACAGAUUUGGCUUAUGCAUGACAUCGGUGGACCUCAGAGUGAGUCCUGCUCAAGUCAUUCCAUACAGAGGUUAAAAGGCAUCUUGGAAGAGCGAAACUUCAAGAUCACCUGCGAAGAAAAUUAUAGGCCAGUUCAGCUCCUUCAGUGUGUAAAUAAUCCUGACCACACAGACUGCCGACUUUGCAGCAGCAUGGAAACUCCAUGAAGCACCGCUCCACGCUAUUUAAGACACUCUUUAAUUGUAUGUAAAACCGAGAGAGAAGAUAUGCCUACAUAGUUUAGAGUGAUAAAUAGCACCGUUGCGUGUACAGAGUCAAUAACCAGAAAUACUUGCUGUUGAUACUGACAGCUAAGUAGCAGAUGAUAUUUUAGGUGUGAUUACUGUACACAAACAUAUGAACAUAUUAUUUCAGAAAGGCCAAGGAUCAAUAUCUGAGGGCAGAUGUUUUGUUCUGGUUUGUUCCCUUUUGCACAGCUGCCAUUGUGCACACAGAAAGGAAUAAGAUCAGGAAAUCCCUGGGGUGUGCAUAGAGAAGAGACUUUCCAGUGAAGACAGAGGUUGCCAGCGUCAGCUCUCUGCUUCCUUCUCUGGAAAGAUUAGAAGAGAAUGCCUGGAGCAUGCUGCACUCUUGCAGUUCCCAAGUGGAAUAUCCCCUAGAGGAGAAUAUUGUCCAGUGGUACAUAUCAUAAAUUCACAUGAGCUACUUUGAUUUAUAUAGGUCAGGGGGGAGUGAAUGAGGAAGACCUUAAGUUUCUCCUCUUCUACUCCUGUCAUGAGUCAAGUAGAUCCCAACAAGGUUCUGACCUUUUCUCCUAGAGACUCCAGCAGCUCUGAGAGGCAAAGCAAACAGUGGAAAAGACAGAGCUGUUCUUACCUUUUAAUGAGCAUCACAGAAAGUGGCCGAUGGGGAAACAGCUGAGCCAAGCCAAAGUAAAGACCAGAAUCUGCUCAGAGCAUUGCCGGCAUCUGUAAGAACACAUUGAGUGUGUAGCUGGGGAGAGAAAAUAGCAAGACAAGACUCAGGCGUUUCCAUCAAAAUCCCACUUAGUGCAGUUCUGGGAACAUAGUUCCAGUUCAGAUUACAUUUUAUUCUUAAUAUAGCAAUAAGUAUAAGCCUUCAAACAUUCAUAAAUGCCCGCUUAGGCCACAGCUUGCCCAUCUACAUCAGAAGGCUGCCAAAAUAAGGAGUCUCUCCUGACCUCAGUUUCUUAGGUGAAAGGUGAUACCUUGCAGUGUGUAAUUCACAAGCAUGGACAUGCUGUAACACAGUAAAACAGCAGGUUUCAUUGAUUUCCUCUGUUUUCUACUUUCUAUUUCUCAUAUGCAUAUUCAAGAGCAGUCUUUAUAAGAAAAUAAAGAUCUGAGGCCAGCUUCUGGCCUCACCUGUAGUAUGUAUAUGCAAUGACAUUGACAUCAGGAGAAAAGGCUUUUGCUAGAUAUAGUCCUAGGUGUUGCAAUGCAAGAGUAACCAGCAAUUCUGUAAGUAGACCAAGAUUUUCAUGAUCUCACAGGCAGAAGGUUGUAGUGCUAAAUAUUUUACUGACUACCCAGCAUCUGAAGGGUCCUUAUGGAACUAUGCAAGCUAGCAUAAUUUAGAGCAUCUCUAGAUGCACCAUUAUAACACAUGGGCCUGCACUGAGCAUACUUGGACGUACCCAAGGCUUUGCCCAUAAUGUUUACAUUAAGUGAAUUGUAUUUUUAUUUGCACUCUGUUAGGUAUCUACUUAAGUGUAACAACUCAGACACAUACCAAAACUUUUAAGUAGGUUACUUCUGACUAUAGGUCAAAAAUUUGUCUUAACACUCACUUUUGUACCUAGUCUGUCAUAAUACAAACUGUUGACUGUAAAAUUGAGAUCUAUAAUCAGAUCGUUGAUAGUGAAUGUUGAUAAUUGAGUUUCACAUUCUGUUUAAUCUCAGACUGGAUAUGAAAAUAAAUGACUUCCUAAAAAAGA